CCGGGUCAGCGGGGAGCUGCAAUGGCGGCCUGUGGGAGCGAGGCCAGGGUCGGGGAUGUGGAGGAGGACGCCUCUCAGCUGGUGUUCCCGAAAGAAUUUGAAAGCUCAGAGACCCUGUUAAACUCUGAGGUCCACAUGCUACUGGAGCACCGAAAGCAGCAGAAUGAAAGUGCAGAGGAUGAGCAGGAGCUCUCUGAAGUCUUCAUGAAAACAUUAAACUACACAGCCAGGUUCAGCCGCUUCAAAAACAGGGAAACCAUCGCCAGUGUCAGGAGUCUGCUAUUACAGAAGAAACUGCACAAGUUUGAGCUGGCUAGUCUGGCCAAUCUGUGCCCUGAGACAGCUGAAGAGGCCAAAGCCCUCAUUCCCAGCUUGGAAGGUCGGUUUGAGGAUGAGGAGCUCCAGCAAAUCCUUGAUGACAUUCAGACCAAGAGAAGCUUCCAGUAUUAGCUCCAAUAUCUGCAAAAGCCCGGCUCUCCCUGAUGCUAACCGACUGAACAAUGGUGCUGAUACUUGUCUCUGAUUGUACAGUGAUUGGAAGUGGAGAGACCAUGGGCUGAAGCAAGCAGGUGCACCAAAAAUGACUAUAAACCCUUAGGCGAGGUCUGAAUCUAGCGUUGUUCAGUAACGCGUUCCCUGACACCCAGAGUGCAAAGACGGUCUGGGAUCACAGAAUGGGAAUAUGAUCUGUUUUGUUUCACUGUGAUGUUUUUUGUGACUUUUUUUUUGUUCCAUUUUUGAAAAACCAAAAUCCUGUAACUCAUUCUUAUAGGUUAUUAGCCCCAUAUUGUUUUAUUAAAGUGAAGGUCCAUAUAUUGGAUCCUGGUUAAAGAUUGA